AUGAAAACUUUUCAAAUUGCUCAUUUUGUUGCAGCACUUAGUUUUUUGAAGCCGACAGCUGUUGAUGGUCGUUUUUUUAGCUGUGGUAUUACAAAUAUUGAAGACGAAAAUGUUGCUGACGUUGCCGGAAAUCUCUGGACUUAUAAACUCGGCCAAUUUCAGUCGGACAGUCAAGGUUCUUUUCCUCAAAAAGUCGGCAAUUCUGAAUAUGGAGAAUUACGGAAAUUUCCAUUGCUUUAUGGUGGCAAUCACUGGGAUCAUGGAUCUUUUAUGUAUUAUGUGAUAUCAAACAAAAAUGGAGAUUACAUAAAGCUCUAUUACACUAGUACUAAUGGGGAUGUAGAGUGUGACAUAUAUGGCCCUUAA